AUGGCUGCUCUGCAAUACUUGGAAUCCCUUCGAACUUCCCACCCUGAACUCGGCGAAUGGUACAAUUCUCUUGCGGAUCUGUACCAGAACAAGCUAUGGCAUCAGCUUACUCUCAAGCUCGAACAGUUCGUCGCUCUUGCCGUUUUUCAGGCCGGCGAUGCUCUGAUACAAUUAUACAACAAUUUCAUCACAGACUUUGAGACCAAGAUCAACCUUCUCAAGCUUGCACAUUUUGCUGUGAUGGUUUCUCGACAGUAUUCUGAGAAAGAAGCUGCUGUUGCUUAUCUUGAAGGGGUCAUUGAGAAACUGCAAGCAACUAGAGAGCAGCGGAUUGAAGAGCCCAUCCUAUACAUAAAGAUGCAAAUUGCCUUAUUUAAGCUUGAGCAAGGUGACCAAAAAGAAUGUAAGAAUCUUCUUGAAAAUGGAAAGAGUACACUUGACAGCAUGACAGAUAUUGAUCCAACUGUGUAUGCAAGCUAUUAUUGGGUAUCUUCUCAAUAUCACAAGUCCCGCCAGGAAUUUGCUGAGUUCUACAAAAAUGCUCUUCUCUAUUUGGCAUACACAUCAGUGGAGUCUCUCUCUGAUUCAUUCAAGCUGGAUUUGGCAUUUGACCUGUCCCUUUCUGCUCUGUUGGGGGAUAACAUAUACAACUUUGGAGAGCUACUUGCCCAUCCUAUUAUUAAGAGCCUCCUAGGGACAAAGGUGGAAUGGCUCUACUACAUUCUGCAGGCAUUCAAUUCUGGUGAUUUGGUUCGAUAUCAAGAAUUAUGUCAGGUGCAUAAUGCUGCUUUAAGGGCUCAACCGGCACUUGUUCAAAACGAACAGAAGCUGUUGGAAAAGAUCAACAUUCUCUGUCUGAUGGAAAUUAUAUUCAGCCGGCCUUCGGAAGACCGCACUAUUCCCUUGAGUGCAAUUGCAGAGCGUACAAAGCUUUCAAUAGAGGAUGUGGAGCAUCUCCUUAUGAAGAGCCUAUCUGUUCAUUUGAUCGAGGGUAUUAUUGAUCAAGUGGAGGGCACAGUACAUGUUUCUUGGGUGCAACCAAGAGUUCUUGGUAUUCAACAGAUAAAAUCCUUAAGGGAUCGACUGGAUAGUUGGACAGGAAAAGUACACACAGCGUUGUUGUCCAUCGAGGCCGAGACACCUGAUUUAAUUGGAUCAUGA